AUGCAAAAAGGUUUGUCAAGGUUAUCUUUGUUCGUCCCCUACUACUACUAUGGCAUUUUGAUAAUUCCCGAUGGGGAGUCAAUACAUGCGGCAAUCGGUUCAUACCAUAUCAAGUUAUCGCAUCCACACAUACUGAAUACCCCUGGAAAGGGAUCAGACGUCCACAAGGGCAGUAAACUAUUAGUGCAGACAGCGGUGGAUGCCCAGCGAACACGUUGCCAACAGCUGACAUCUGCGGUGUCCCAGAAGCUGCAAUAG